AUGUCUGCAGACCAGUUACGAGAGCUGCUACCUUUUCUGCGCGACAAGAACCCUCAGGUUCGCCAGAUCGCGCUACAAAAUCUUUUGGGGCACACACCCAAGGAAGCGCCUCUUCGCAGCAUUUUCCUCAGCGACCUUCGGGGAGGAGGCACUCAGGACAACGACGUCCUGCGAGAUCUCAAGAUUUUAUGCCGCGACCAUCUUAGUAUCCAGCAUUCGACGACGUUCAUAUCCGCCCAGGCCACCGCUCAUGAUGCUUUCCGAGCACUAGUCAACCUAUCAGAUGACUCGCUGGUCGCGGCGUCACUAUCUGAACCUUCGUUCAUUCAGUUCCUUGUGGCUUAUAUCCUGAACCCGAACUCCAUCCUCGCUGACCUCGCCUCGAUGAUUCUCUCGAAUAUCACCUCAACUGCAUCCACCGGGAACGCCCUGAUCGCCCUUGAAAUAUCUGUUCUUCCCGAUCCUAAAGCGUCAACUGGUUACUACCCAACGCAAUCCCGCUCGGGGACUUGUGCAGCUCCAGUGCCGUAUCCAUCAGGAGAGCCGGAGGAGAUCCUUGCUCUACCUUUGCUCGUCGACGCCUUCAUACAAGGAGCUAAUGUCGACAAUGAGCCAGAUCCUGAUAAGCGGCCUCGGAAAGCGAGCUUGCACUUUUUGUCCAGUGUCUUUGCGAACAUUAGCAUCACAUCGACGGGUCGGAUGUACUUCCUGACUGCACGCUUGUCAAAUCCAUUCAAACCAGAAGAGGGUCUCGAGUAUCCGCUCGCCAAGCUUCAGGUCUUCACUGAGCACAGGGAUACUAUCCGGAGAGGUGGUACCGCUUCAACAAUGAAAAAUUGCGCCUUCCACAAGCCAGCGCACAAAGCGAUGCUCCUCCCGGACACGGAGAAGGUCGCGAUUCCCCCGAGCGAUGUCGAGGCUCCCAGCAUGAACAUGCUACCGUAUCUCCUCUUGCCUCUUGCUGGUCCUGAGGAAUACGAUCUCGAGGAACAAGAACUGCUCCCAUUCGAACUACAGUUCUUGCCCCAAACGAAAAGACGGGAGCUUGAUCCUGUCAUCCGGCUCACGUACAUUGAGGUACUCCUGCUGCUGUGUACUACUUUCUGGGGCCGAGAGUAUCUCAGAGGUCACGGUGUCUAUGAAGUUGUGCGCGCACUGCACAACAGCGAAAGGGACGACAAGAUCUCAGAACAUAUCGUACGCCUCGUGGCAUUCCUGAAGCGUGACGAGGGUGAUGAGACCAAGAAGGAUAGUAUAGAGGAUGAUAUAGCUAUGAAUAACUCGGACGACGAAGAUAACCAGAUCAUCGAGAUCUAGAAUUCGUAUCAUGAAACGAAUGUGUCCUUAUCUGCUCAACUCUGCACUGAGCCAAAAGAGGUACACUAAAUCUAUCCAUCAUCUGCUACAAGUAUUUCUUGAAAAACUCAACGCUGGCUUUGAAGGCGC